UACCACGCUGGCUUCAGCAAGGCAAGACACUCAAUUUGUUUUUAAGACCUCGUCUUUAAAUUUUUGAAUAAUUCAGAAAAUCAGCUGGUGGCAUAUUGUCAGAAUUUUUCGGCCAAUGAGAUUUUCUACAUAAAAAUUGAAGCAUAGGUCAUUAUAAGCAUUAUACUACAUGAUCUUAAAAAUUGAUCUUUCGUUGAGCCUUACUUCAUUUUAUAAUAGAUAUGUUCGUCCUAAUCACGAUAAGGUCAAGAUCGUGGUAGAUUUCCUGAUAAGCAAAGGCCUUCUAAAGAUCCACUUGAGUUCACGAAAUAUAUUCAUAUUAAGCGUUUGUUGUGGUUUUCCGGCGGCCAGCCUGUCCGUUUGAACUGAAAGACGAAGGAAGCAAUCGACAGAAUAAACAAUUUUAUGUCGAUUCUAGCCGAUUACAAUUGCAAAUUCAAAUAAAUGGUAAUUUUUGCAAGUCAGAAUUGAUCACGAACUCUGGCUACGAAAUAAACAAUGAUGAUCAUAUUAGCAAAUACUGAAAGGCCUCGUCUAAUCUGCGGUCGUCGAACUCUUUGGACUGCCUCUUGGCCUUACAAGGUGGUGCCGAUUGGUGUAAUGCUUCGGCUUGUACCUUGGUUGGUGAAGUGCAGUCGACACUCAGUCGUUCAUAGCCUACAAUAAAUUCAACAUUUUGUGCGGUCGGAUCGCAAGAGCUUCUGUGUGCAUUAAUUCCUUCUGCAGUCUACUCCUGGCCGGACCUUAACACGGUUUAAACACUGUCAUUGAUUCCAAGCCCACCAUAAAAACAACCAGUAACAAGCUGGAGGUGAUCGAAUUUUAAUAGAAAAAUUGAUCACAGUUUAUGAGUAAGGAUCAAGGAAUGGAUGUGGACAAGUCAGAUUGUGAAUUGUCCAUCACAAAGCAGCUCAGCCUUAUCUCGUUUGAUAAGAAAAACGGCCGGGAGGGAUUUUCCGAUUGCAAGGAUUUUCACAAAAACGAACUUUGCAAAAAACGAUGCGAUUCAACUGGUUCUGUGAAGAGCUGCACUGAUCAGCUGAGAUUUAUUCAAAAAACAGUGAGGGAUACUAGUUGUGAUGCAACGAGUAGCCAUGACACCUCAAGUAAUCCAGAGCAAUCGUUGCCAUCACCAGGGAACAUUGACAGCAAGCGACAUACACUGCAGAAAGUACCAAGCAUCACAGUGUGUGAUGAUACCGAAAAUCGGGCGGGUGUAGAAUCAAGGAAAAAUUCAUUGUUCGAUCCCAGGUUCCUGAUGCCUACUGAGUCAAGUGUGGAUGAAGCCAGAUAUCUUUUGGCAUCCAGACGAGUCUCUUUACCAUCUACUUCCAAAGGCAUACGCAGUAGGAGCCUUGAUAUGGUGGCAGAGGAACAGCCUUCUGACUCUGCACAUGAGAGCAACACAAGUGUGCCACUUGCCUCUCUCGGACUUCCUCGGUACCGAGCUAGGUCACGCAGUCUUGACACCGGCCUUAGAAAAAGAAAUAAUUUUUCUGCUUUCAAAGAAUCUCUAAAGUUACGUGACGUGCAAAAAACAAGGCUUGGUACGUGAGAAGAGAUCUGUCGUUAGCAAAAGAAGUUACUGCAAGUUAUUUAGACCUCUGUUAUCCCUUCUGCAGUCUGCUACGAAUGUCUUGGUGGUCUAAUUUAUGUUAUGCAAAGGCCCGGACGCGAACGCAACAGAGUACGACUUUCUUUUUGCUUGGUGGAAGCAUUUUCCCGACUUAAAGGGAUUUAAAUGAAUUUUCGAAGAUCUUUUUAUAAAUUUUGAAAAGCUGAUAAAAUAUGAGGUAAAUUUUUUUUAUCGAGCAGAACAUUUUAGUGCCCAAACAUCUUAAAAUGUUUAGCUUUUUAGAUGUAAUGAAUCAUUUAAUAACUGAACAAUGGAAACUUACCAGCAAGACUUUUUUAUAACUAAUUAGCCCGUUUCAGUUGAUUACUUUUUAUAACAAAAUUUCAGUAUACAUUUUGCAGGUUCAAGUCUGACUGCUUUUUUUGGAAACAUAUGAACCCAUUUAUCUCAGUUUGAAUGAUAACAUUCGAGUAAAAAAGAAAGGUUUAUCUUGGUUAAAAGACGUGUAAUCUACAUUCAACCAUCUUUUGUUUGGACGUUAUUUUAUGCUAAUAGUUUUUCAGGUCUUUUUUUAGCUGGAUGUCUAUGAUAAAGACCGAGUGGAAAAAUUCAGCGGGUUUGUUCUUCAUGAUAGUCAGAAAUUCCAACUUGCACCAACGGGAUUUCAAAGAGCACCGUUGUCAACUUCCGGUCUCAAAAUUCAACGAAUAUAAUUUCAAAGUGAGUUUCGAAUGCGUGGUGCGACCGAGUUGCAGUUAAACGACGCGCCUUUCACAAAAAUCGACUUCCAUGAAAAACAACCCUACAAGCAAUCCCAGCUUAAAUGCUUGAAAUCCUAAGGAUAUAAAGACAACUUGUAUUGUCAUA